CAUUUCCAUUUCGAUUUCCAUUCGCAUUUCCAGUUCCAGUUCCUUGAGCUCACGUCUCGUUCUGUUCUCUUUCUGUAUUUUGCAGUAACUAAAAACACAAAUCAAAAUGGCUGAUGAUGAGAAAAAGGCAGCUGCUCCCGCCGCUGCACCAGCUGCGUCUGCGGCCAAACCGGCAGCGGCUGCGGCUCCGGCCAAACCAGCAGCGGCAGCGGCUGCUGCCAAACCGGCAGCGCCAGCCGCCAAUGGAAAGGCGCCGGCGGCCAAUGGAAAGCCGCCGGCAGCUGCGGCCGCGCCAGCCGGCCCGCCCAAGGAUCCCAACGAGCCGAAAGUGAAGGCCGAGAAGGUACACUGGCAUGGAACCCAUCGAUCGACUAACAGCUAAACGUAUAUAAAUCGA